UCCAUCUUUUCUACAGUCUGAAUUCAUUUAAUCCAAAAUGGCGGCGCGCUCAGUUUCGGCGAACAUAUCAAACAAACUUAAUAUUAUCGCUCAUAAUCUAAAAAGGGCACCGAAACCAGACAAAAUAAUAUUCGACAGAAGAAAGAGACCAGGAUUUUACAGUGAAGGUAUAGCAUCCAGACUACCAGCAGCAUAUUUCAAGUGGAGGGCAAAGCCAGGGGUACAACCACCGGCUAUUUAUUCAACUGACCCAAAUGGUGACUGGAUGAAACACCCAGAGACUGGAGAAAGGAUCCGCACUAAAAAGAGUCAAAUCAAAGUGACGUAUCUGAGGGAAAGCCAGCUUGGUCUCUGGAGUGGUGAAGGAAUCAUUGAAGGAUACAGGAAGACACAUAAAACAUCAGGAAUCAGGUUAAAAAAAGUCUGGAAGCCAUUUUUGCAAAAGAAAGAAUUUUAUAGUGAAAUUCUUGACAAGACCUUCACCAUUACAGUCUCCUUGAGAACGCUUGAUCUGAUUGAUGAGGCAUAUGGAUUUGACUUCUACAUUCUUAAGACUCCCCCAGAGGUAUUGAAUUCUAUGAUGGGCAUGGCGUUAAAGAGAAACUUACUACUGAGACUUGCACAGAAAGAUAAAGUGUACCCCGAUGAUCCUGACAAAAGGGACAAGAUCUACAGACGCUAUGGCCAGUAUGUAAUACCAAAAGAAGAAGCUGAAUGGGUGGGGUUGACAAGAUCUCAGGCUAUCGCUAAGCAACGACUGAUUGAGGAGCAGCAGAACCCUGACAGACCACUUCAAGAAGUGUACACCGAGCAACUUAUUGCAGAAUUGAGAGAUAAAGAAGUGAAAGGUGCUACCCUUGAUGAUGACUUGGAUAACAAGUCCAGACCUCUUCUGAGUCGACUGUUUGGUUCGAAGGGAAAAGAGGAAGAGUCUACCACAUAACAACGAGUUGAUUUGAACCAUGACCUUGUGAGAGGUGUCUGAUGUCAAACAUAUGGAAGCUUUGCAGGCCUGAUACUUCACAGAGGCAACAAAGGCCAUUGCCUCCAUGCCCCCUGGUGAUUGUCUUGGUGCCCUUGAAA